AUGAAGGCGGUGUUACUGAUACUCGGGGCUAUUGCCACGGGCGCUGCUGGUAUUCGUGUUAAGAAUGCCACGCAGUUAGCCAAGGAUCAAUUGGUUGUGGGUGGCGAGGCAGCUGAAGAAGGCUUUGCACCCUACCAGGUUUCGCUUCAAACCUUGUCCGGUUCACACUUUUGUGGCGGCGCCAUUGUAAAUGAGUUGUGGGUCUUAACAGCCGCUCAUUGUGUCGUCGGUGCUUGGCCAGAACUCGUGGCAGUCGCCUCUGGAACCAACCAGUACACUCGUCCAGGCGCGAUUAACUAUGUGAGCGCUAUUUACACUCACUGCAACUACGACAAUCCACUAAUGCACAAUGAUAUUGCUCUGCUGAAAUUAACCGAUCCCUUAACUUGGAACGAGCGAACUCAGCCCAUUCCUUUGGCAGUGGCUCCUAUGAGAGAAGGCGACGAAGUCAUCCUAACUGGCUGGGGCACCACAGUGGCGGGUGGCUCAGUACCUGUAAAUCUGCAGGUGCUGUAUUUAAAGUUCGUCCCACACGAACCAUGCAAACAGGCGCUCAACGAUGAUCCUGACUGCGAUGUUGGACAUAUUUGCACAUUCUCUCGUGCCGGCGAAGGCGCUUGUCACGGAGACUCUGGAGGUCCUCUUAUAAGCGGUGGGCGGCUCGUAGGACUGGUCAAUUGGGGUUGGCCUUGUGGUUUGGGAAUGCCAGAUGUGCAUGCCAGUGUAUUAUUCUACAGGGAUUGGAUACGUAAUGUAAUCGGUGGUAAUGCCAAAUGCGGUGGCUAUCAGUCGACAGUGUCUGAUUAGGUUAAUGACCAAGUUUACGGUGUGCAUGAUAAGGGUCGCAACUGAUACUAUCAGGAAACCGAAUAAAAGUUACGAUAUAAA